ACGGCUGCCGGGCGCAGCAAAGCACUCUCUGACCAAUCUGGGCCGUCGCCUCCAAGCCCAUUUUGCCGGCGACUAUGCGCGUGGAGAUCCCGUCCUUCUCCACCGCCGCCGCCGCCGCCGCCGCCGCCGUCCACCAUCACCGGCUACCCACUCGCCGCCUCGCUUAUGUUACGGCCUCUCCCCCUGCUACUCCUCCACUCCGCGCUCUCAUCCAGGCUGACCCCAUCUAGGCUCCUCUCCUCCCCCGCCGCCGCCGCCGCCGCGGUCGCCACCUGCUCCGUUGCGCGGGGCGGCGGGGCGCAUGGCACCGUCUCGGCCGUGCUGGAGAUCGUGGGGCCCAUCGAGCUCCUCUUCCCGUCCUCCGAGGCGCGCCUCUACGUGCGCCUCCUCCGUCGCUGCGCGCUCGACGCGCUCGCCGCCGGUGCCGGCGCCGUCCACGGGCACGUCCUCAAGCGCGGCUUCGCCCCCGACACGCUCGUGUCCAAUGUCCUGAUGGACACCUACGCCAAGGGCGGCUCCCUGGCGGCGUGCCGCCACCUGUUCGACGAAAUGCCUCAUAGGGACGUCGCGUCCUGGUGCACCGUCAUUUCCGCGCACGCCAGCCGGGGACUCUGGGUCGAGGCCCUUGGGGUGUUCAAGGGGCUGUUGUCCUCUGAGGUGAAGCCAAACCGGUUUGUCGUCUCGGCGGUACUGAACGCGUGUGCCAGGUCUGGUGUCAUGGAGCUGGGGCUCAUGGUACAUGGAUUGGUGAUCAAGUCUGGCUUGGGUGUUGAUAGGUUUGUGGAGGUUGGAUUCGUUGAUAUGUAUGCGAAAUGUGGCAAUGUGGGUUGCUCUUUUAGGUUCUUCAGUGAAAUUCCGGUGAAGAGCUCAGUCGCUUGGAAUGCCAUGAUUUCAGGUUUUGUUGAGAAUGGCUGUGUUGUGGAGGCUGCUGAGCUUUGCCGGGACAUGCAUAGAGUUGGCAUUGCAAUGGAUGUGGUCACAUUGAGGUUAGCUGCUGGCGUCGCUGCUUUUCUUGGAAUGUUUGAGCUUUGCAGGAAUGUUCACGUUUAUGCACUUCAAGUGGGGUUGGGAAGAGAUUGUUAUGUUCUGUCUGAGCUGGUUAAGUCAGCCGGGAGGGUAGGUGAUACUCAGUACAUUGGACAGCUUGUUGCUGCAUCUAGAAGGCGUGAUGCAUCUUUGUAUUCUUUAGCUAUAUCAGGCUAUCACUCAAAUGGUUGCCAGGAUAAAGCAGUCAAGCUAGCUGAACAUCUUCUUUCUUCGGGCCUCAGUUUAAGGGAAGGGGAUCUGGUCACCGUUCUAGAUGUCUGUCAUAUCAAAGAGGAAGUUCAGCAAGUACAUGCUUAUACAUUGAAAUCUGGAAGCUUCUCUUAUACUAAUGUAUGUAAUGCUCUUAUAUCGGUAUACUCUGAAAUUGGAUCGCUGAUGCAUGCCGAAGCCAUCUUCAAAGUUUCAGAGUCACGAGAUGUUGUAUCAUGGGCUGCAAUCAUGGCAGGCUGUGUCAAGAACCUCCAGUUUGGAAAAGCAUUUGGUUAUUUUAGAGGGUUAAGAAAUUCUGGAGCACUAUUAGAUAAGCACUGUGUUGCUACUAUCAUAAAUUCAUGCACCGGACUUGAAGACAUGGAUAAGGGCGAGCAGAUUCACGCUCUGGCUCUUAAAGUUGGGAUAUUGGUUGCUGACUUCGUUAGUGCUUCCCUAGUGAACAUGUAUGCAAAAUGCCAUCACAUUGAGUGUGCUACUGAGCUAUUUUCCCGCACACCUUUUCCGAGAAAUAUAGUUUUAACCAAUGCGAUGCUCUCGGGGUAUUGCUGGAAUUUCCUGCCAGAGAAAGCUCUUCUGCUCUUCUGCAGUGAAUAUCGUUCUGGUUUGCGUCCUGAUCAUUUCACUUGCUCAACUGUUCUCAGUGCAUGUGCUGAUAUAGGAGCAAAGGAGGCUGGUGAACAGGUUCAUGGCUAUCUUGUAAAGAUUGGUUCUGAAUACAUGGAUGCCAUUGUUGGAAAUGCUAUCAUAGACCUCUAUGUCAAAUGUGGAUGCAUUGCCCGUGCUUGUAGUUUUUUCCAUAGCAUGAGAAGUUGGAGCAUAAAUUCAUAUGCGAUGCUAAUGUUGGGUUAUAUUCAGAACAGAUGUAGUGAUGAAGCUCUUCAUCUUUUCUCCAAAAUGCAGCACAGUGGAUUGCGUGCAAACCGUGUUACCUUUGCAAGAAUUUUGCGUGGAUGUGCUGACCUAUGUGCUAUUGAUUUAGGGAGACAAGUGCAUGCUUCUAUUAUAAAGAUGGGUUUGAUCUCUGAUGUAUAUGUCACAAAUGCACUUGUAGGAAUGUAUAAAAGAUCUGACAGUUUGACGGAAUCAAGAAGAGACUCUCAAGAAAGUUUGGCAGUAAAUGGUCCAGAACAGAACACUGAAGAUAACUGCUAUUCAGAACAAAGGGAUGGAAGUAGCGACCUUGAAGAAAUUGGACUGUUUACGUUGGAAGAAGAGAAAAAUCAUGAAACUUAUGCUCAUGUGCGGAAUAUUUCUAUUGGUGCUGCUUCUCAGUACUAUGGAACCCCACUUCCCAUCCAUGGGGUUGGACAGGAACUUAGGAUGAACACUAUCAUGCGGAGUGGAAGAAAUGAGAAGGGCAGUGAAAGCAAUAUUUUUCUAGAUACAGGAUAUCAGGGAAACAGGGGUGGAUCUCACAAUGUGUUUAACUUGUUACAUGUAGACAGUGCUGGAUCUGACCAAUUCGUCCUAGUUGUCUUCAUUGACAAUAGCCUUAAGAUAAAGGAUACAAGAUUUGUUAAUACCGAGUUAAUAAGAUCUGGUGUUGCACCAGCACUCGGCAUUCCUCCUUGACAAGCUAUUGUGCAGUACAAAAACUACUUACUGGCCCUGUUAUUUCUCAUGCAACAAAGCUGAAUCAUCAUGUUGGCAUAUCAGAAAAGCAUGCAAAGGAAGCAAACUCUGAGUUGGGUUAUGAGUUAAUGCAUCAUUCACUCCUCAAAUCCACAUCACGUCCAUGAACUUUCACAUGAUGCACACCAUGUGACCAUGAAAACCCAACAUCUCUUUGCAUUUUCAUGGGAGAUGUUUACACCAAGUUAAAGCAAACCAAACACUGCUUUGAAGUUCUCCAACCAUUGGAUGGUUUAGUUGCAUGGAAGAAUAGAUCAAGAAUGUCAAACAGGGGACAACUCCUCCCUUCAAGCAUUUCCAUGACAGGAGGUAGCAGGCUCGGAAAAGUCAGCUUGAGCUUUGAUCACUGCUGAACUAGAACCAGACUUGAAUGAGAAGAAUCGUACAGCAGACGUGGCGAAAUCCAGGAUAUUGCACAUUUUUUUGUUGUGACUACUCCUAAACAUCAUUUUCCAAUUCAGCAACUUCAAUCUGACAUUAAGAUUAAGUUCAUUUUCUUGCUGAUGUAUGAGCAUUGCAUAGUGAUUUAUAUCUUGCUAUGUAAUGUAGUGGCCUUGGGGCAUUUUUUUAUAAUUGGGUCUGCAAGACGAUAGAUAACCACAGGCAAGGCAAGCAGUGCCAUCCAGCAUGAUACCACUCUGGUUCUCAUGAAACCACCGGUUCUCCCCUUGUAAUUUUUUGGGAGGCUUUUUAGAUCAGAUGGAGAUGGCACACAUUAACAGUUCACCCAAUUUCUGUGAGAUAAAAAGGUAUAGAUAUGUAUAUGAAUAUGAUAGCUGAUCAACACUCUAGGGUUCCUUGCGGAAAAGGAAAAAAAAAUAGCCAUGAUAGAGCCAAGGGUGAAAAGGUUGUCAAGAAGAGUCACUACUCUAAAAGGUGCCUGUAGCUCUCACCCUACGAACAACAGUGGUAACCUACAAAUGGCAAGUUCAAAUCAAA